UCAAGCUGUUGAAAUGUAUCGUUUGCUGUGGUAGUGAGGUGCAUAACUCCAACAUCCAAAAGAUCUUGAGUAACAAUGAAGUCUACAUCAAAAUAGAUAACGCAGCUAGAGGAAAGGCAACGAAAUCGCUUCCUUUUUCAGUGAGCUCUCCUGAAGAUCGGUAGCCAGGACAUGCAUUCUCCCAGCAAACAGUAUUUCUUGUAAGACUGGCAUUGGAAAACACGCUUUUUCUCAGGACAGACUGUUUCUGUGACUCCAAGCAGGCAGUCUUUUACAAAAGCACCCGCAAAAAAAGUGCUUUGACAGCGAUUAGCUCUGCCACAAGGUAACUUUCCUUUACUGUCGCAUUUUACUUUCACUUUUUGCCUUUUAAAACAUGUUCUGCUGUAAAUCAAGGGUUCUUUUUAAUUCGGCCAGCUUUGCUUUCCUCCAAACUCGCCAUAUUUUUUCUUUGCUUCGUUUCAUAGUGGCCCCUUAUAUUUAAUUAUUUAAUCAUCGCAGUAUUUCCCUUACAUACCAAGCAAAAAAAAAAAUAAUAAUAACUUUACCAAACUCUCCAACAACACACCCCAAUCCCUAACGAGAGAGGAAGGGAGAGGAGAUACAUACAUAAGAGAGGAACGGUGGGAUUAAGAUUAAGACCAGUAAUCUUCCAUGUUCACCCAGGAGAAAGUGCAACAUACAGUGGGAAAGAAACAGAUUGCAGAGCUAAUAAGCUUUUUAUUCAAAGCGAGUAAGUGUUGUUACAGAGCUGAAGCACAGACAAAGUAAAGCAGGACAGUCCAGGGAGCACAGAGGCUGCAAAAGAAACAUUCCUGAAUAAAGAAGGAGGAAGAAGUUACAGACCGGAUAUAAUUCAACACUGAUUGCACUAACGGCAUAACGGGAGUUUCCGGGACUGUCAUGCUCGAAUCUCGUGCCACUUUAAUCACCCACAAUACACUGCAGCAGGAAGGAGCAGACAUCUCCCAGUCUGUCCUCUACACCUUCAUGGGGCUGCUACUGGUUGCUGACAGGGAGAAGGAAGUUAAUUUAACUCUUGGAAGUGGGCAAAUCGGACUUUGCAAUGUGGGAAACAUGUGUUUCCUCAACUCUAUGAUCCAAUGUCUCUCUCACACUCGGAUCCUCAGAGAUUACUGCUUACAAAAGAAGUACCGUCAGGAAGUGAGCUCUCGCAGGAAGACUGAGCUGAUGAAUGCUUUCUCGGAAAUGCUGUCUGAUCUUUGGACAACUGACAUGUCAGCUGUAGUACAUCCCGGGAAUUUCAACACAAUAUUUAAGGAAUCGGUACCUUGUUUCAAUGGCUACAGUCAACAAGAUGCCCAGGAAUUCCUACGUUUCCUCCUGGAUCGGCUUCACUCUGAAAUUAAUCGCACAUCAUCCCAGAACCAGCCAAUCAGCGAUCUUCCAGAAAGCAAGUAUAACAAGCUGAGAGACGAUAAGAAGGCAAUGCUGAUGUGGAAGCACUAUCUAGAGAGAGAGGACAGCAAGAUAGUGGACCUGUUUGCAGGUCAAUUAAAGAGCUCCCUUCGAUGUUCCAUCUGUGGUCAUGAGUCUACAACAUAUGAUGUCUUCUAUGAUCUGUCACUACCCAUCCCCAAGGGAAGUGUUUCCGGAGGACGCGUUUCUCUGAAGGACUGUCUCGCACUUUUCUCUCAAGUGGAGGAGCUGAAGUCAGAUAAUGCACCGAUGUGUGACAGAUGUGGAAAGCAUACCGACAGCACCAAGAAAUUAACCAUCCAGAGGUUCCCAAAGAUCCUUGUUUUGCAUCUGAAUCGUUUCUCUACAACACGAUUCUCCAUUUCCAAAAGCACAGCAACUGUCUCCUUCCCUAUACAUCACCUCGACCUUGGGGAUUAUGGGACUGAGUGUGCAGGAAAGGCUCUGUAUAACCUCUACGCUACCUGUAAUCACUGUGGCACUGUUCAUAUUGGGCAUUACACUGCUUACUGUCUACUGGAAAGGGGCUGGUUCUGCUACAAUGACUCAAGAGUCUCCCCCAUUUCUGAAUCUCAGCUCCAGUCCAACCAGGCUUAUGUUCUUUUCUAUGAGAUGGAGUGAUUAUCUGAAUCAAGGACAUUUCCGAUACCAGCUGCAGGAUAUUCAGCAGUCAUUGUGAGAUGCUGAGCUUAUCGAUGCUGGCAAAGAAGAGACUUGGAAAUAGCAUCUCAGUAGCUGGUUUUGUAUCAUGGAUAUCUGAUAUGCAUCAUUUUAAGUAAAAUCGACACGGUCCAUAGCACGCUGUAUAGAUUUGUAUUGGUUUAACUCUUCUGAUACCUCGUGAUUCCUGCCAUUCUUCAUUAUAUCAGGGCUGGCUUAUGUUACCUUUCCACCUGCCACUGGGAUCAAGUUCAAAGUGAUUUGAAAUCAAUCAGGGUCUUUCAAUCAGAAGCUUGAAGAUCAAACUAGUGGGAGCUCCAGUUAGGAUUGCAAUUCGCUGGCAGGAGCGUGUCUCUCUAUCUCGCUCUUAUGAAUUAAGUUUCCUACCGAGCAUCCAAUGUGAAGGCCCUUUAACCUUGAACUGCAAAAAAAAAGAAUAGGGGGUUCAGUUUUAUUGUCAGAGAAAUAUUUGAGAUAGGCGGAGAAUUUUUAAAAUGGGAUUUAUACAAAAAUGGGAAGACGUUCUCAUACCAUAAGGACAGGUUCAACUGUGACAACACGGAUUGAGAUUUUUGACAAAAUAUUUCAGUGGCAGGUUUUUGAUAAGUGAAGGUAAUCUCUCAUGGCAGCGUAAAUGAAUGGGACCAAUUGAGCUAAUUGUGCCAAGCGUAGUUUGAAAGAUUAGCAAUGUAUAUUGCAUCAAUCCUACAAUUUCAACAUGCACAAAAAGCCAUUUAGCAGAAAUGAGUAAUCAAUCAAUAAAUAAACUGCAUUACGUGCACCUUGGGCUGUAUUAAAAUAAUCACAAACAAAACAAGUUAAACUAUGUCUUGAAAGCUGCCUUCUUUCAAUUGCUUUCUUAUUUUAAUGAAUCCAAUCAAUUCCCAAAAUGAAACUAACAGAAAAGGAGAGCAAGCUUUCCGUACUGUGUUAGGCAAUACACUGAUUACAACAGCUACGGAAACGUUCACCAGCAGCAGAAACACUUCAUUAAAACUUAUCCAUUGAGCUAAAACAACAUCACCUACAGACAGGAAUGUAAAAGAGAAUUAUAAAAACAAAAAAUCUGAAACAAUGGAACUCCAGGGCGAAUCUCACUUCACAGGACAGAAGCGAGGGCUGCGUGGAGGAUGAACCUCGGGAAUUGAAAUAGGAGAGAAGUUCCUUUGUGACUCCGGAAAGAGGACAGGGUUUCUCCUUGGCUCGCAGAGAGACGCCCUCGAGGUGAGACCGAACCAAGUGGCCUCAAAGGCUGCAAAGUAUUCGGUACUUCCCCCGAGGGGAACCUGGAAUGGUCAAGAAAACGAAAGAGGCUCAUGGAGAACCUUCUUGGUGGAGGAUGAGGACAGCGUGGCUGGGCCUCUAGGUUGGGAAGUGAGCUUCACUUUCCCCCAAAGGGAGGCCGUUGCAGAAGGGAAGCAGCAUAGUGGAGGAGGAAGGAGGAAACUAAAAUGCAGAGAAUAAAGGCAUGACAGGGUUUAAACAGGGAGGUUGACGGAUAUUUUGGUGGGACAGAACAGGGGAGAAGACCUCGCUCAGGCCCCCUGAACCACACUCUAAUAAUGAUGCUUUGCAAAAAUAAUGUUUUCCUUGGGCGGCUGCGUGGUCCAGUGGU